CUUUUCAUAAAUGUAUCACUAGCAAAUGUUUUGGGAUGAAUAGUUUAUGUUUAUUAUAUACAGAUAGAAUGAGAAACAAUUUGGAACUGGCUUGAGGGGGAGUAGCACAAAAUUGGCCUAUGGUGAAAAAAGGAAAAUCCGGCCAUGGAUCAUAGAAGUGGACAUAUAACAUUUUAUUUCUUAUUCUGCCUUUUUUAGGUAUGGUUGGUAUCUUUUCCUAACAGGAGCCAGCAUAUGGCCAUCAAGGUCAUCAAGAAGAGCGAAAAGACCAACAUGUCCGACAUCAUCACUGAGGCCCGGGUACUGAAGACGGCUGCUGGAUGCCCCUACCUUUGCCAAGGUCAUGGAUCAUUCCAAACACAGCGGCAUGCUCUGCUCGCUAUGGAGUAUGUCAGUGGAGGGACCCUAAGAAAUGUCAUCAAGAAUGCCGGCCAGCUGGAGAAGGACUUAGUAACGUAAGUGACUUUAUGUGUUUGUAAUGGGGUAACAGAGCAGGAGCUGGCCUAGAGUACAUGCAGAAGGAAGGAUGGAAAGAGGUCAGCAUUCGGAAUCUUCAGCCAACUGAUUUUCAUCUUUUGUUUUUGUAAAGGAAAUCACCUAAGGAAUCUAUGUAUGUAAUAUAUCUGUAAUG